AUGACAGGUGAAACCAGUAGUUUCGCAAAUAGACGGACUAUAAGCGCUUGCCUGAGAUGUCGUCAACAGAAAAUAAAGUGCACAGGGGAAAACCCGUGCCGCAAUUGUCAUCGUCGACAUGUUGUGUGUACAUUCGAGCGCGAUCACGAUAAAGUAUUAGUUACAAAAAAGCAUCUGCUGGAGCUGAAACAGCGCAUCAUCCAGCUAGAAAGGGACAACCGUGCUCUUCGCCAGCAACACGAGUCCUCAGAGGAUCAUGAUAACCGUGUCUAUGCACCCUCCCCUGUCGCCGAGGGACUUGACUCGACGGCAGCAGGCGGCAACUCCAUGCUCACACCUCAGUCGGCGUCAAUGUUCACGGACUCUGCGGCAACCGAUGGGAAUAUGGUGAAUCCUUUGACUACCGGCCCUCCAACGUAUAUAGCAGAUCGGACCGGCAAGGUUUAUUAUCUGGGGCAUAGCUCCACCUGGUCGCUGACGAUGCGUCUCCUGGAGCUCACUCACGAAACGCUCUAUAAAUGUCCAUUCCCUGUUGGGAUGCAGCGGCUGGAUUCAACAAUCUACGACCUGGGAUGGGAUGGUACAAGACACACCGUCAUGCCGGGUGUUGCAGGAUUGCCUUCCCUGGAUCAUUCCCUCUUCCUUAUGAAUGUGACUAAAUUUCACACGGGCUUAAUCUUUCACUUGUUUGACGAAAAGACCUUCGUAGCUAGGCUUUACGAGUUUUAUCGCGAUCCCGCGGAGAAUGUACACACGGCGGGACUAUGGUUUAUCCAAUUCCUUGUGAUAAUGGCUCUGGGCAAAGCGUUUAUUGGUCUUAGAACCAACGGCGAGGCUCUCCCUGGGGCAAACCUCUUUCUGAAAGCCUUUAUGAUGCUUCCAGACUAUUGUUGCCUAUGGCGAGAACCAAGUCUAUCCGGAGAACUGCUUUGUGCAAUGGCGCUAUAUUUGCAAUGUAUCGACUGGCGAGUUUCGGCGCACAACAUGAUAGGACAGGCUCUUCGGAUUAUGUUUGUGCACGGAUACCAUACGAAUAUUCCCCGAGGUACAUUCGAGGAUUCUGCUCUUGAGCGGUCGCGAAAGAUGUCAGUCCUUAUGGGUAUUCCUUCAGGUGUCAGCAACCAAGAUAUCACUGCCCCACUGCCGUCCUACCCGGAGUCGUUGAACAGGAGCGCUACGAUGGCGAUACAUGUGAAGCUCAGCCAGGCUUUCGGGAUAGUAGUGGACAAGCUCUACGGACAGGACAGUCAUAUCAACGCCAAAUUUGUAAGAAAUGCACAGAAGGUGCUGCAAUCCGUCGCUGGCGUGGCCCCCGAGCUUACGGACCACUUUCCGAUCCCUGAGGAGGGUUCACUAAACGGGAUCUCGCGGGACACUGGCUAUAUGAAUCUGCUAUAUCAUCAGUGUAUCAUGGUAGCUACCCGACCAUUCCUUGUUGGUCUGAUAAUUAGGCGUAUCCGGUCUGAGAGCCCCGAAAUCGUCAUACCAUCCUCGAUUAGGCUUCUCCUGCAAGUGUGUAUUGACUCUGCGAAAAAGACUAUCCACAUACUGCAGGCGCUCCAACGCCAACAGUUACUCGAGCACUUUCUUCCAUUUGACCUCGAAAGCGCUAUUUCUGCCGGCGUGAUCAUGUGCAUGGUCGCAAUCGUAGCUCCAUUCUUAGUUGAAAGUCCUCGCCAUUAUUUAGAAGGUGUAUUUGCUAUUCUGGCAGAGAUGGUUGAGAAGGGAAAUCUGGUGGCCGAGGCGCACAAGAACAAGCUGGAGCACCUGGAGGCGCUUUUGAGUGAAUUUCAAACACCGGGUUCUUCACGGAGAGGCGACACAGGUAGCGGGUCCCAUCCGUCCCCGUUGGACCCGGACACUGACGCACAUGGCUGGGGUUACGCACUUUGUAACGGACACGGAGGAUGA